AUUGCAUUGUGUUAUACUUGAAUUUCUAUGAUCAGCCAACAAUUGAAGCUCAGAUUGUAUUGAAAUAUUUUACUGCUGGUCAUUUUUAAUGCUGGUUGAGCGACCAUUCUUAUUACUAAGUGUGCAGUUGGGUCAAAUCAAAGUACAUAAAGAAAUCCUAACGUUUAUUCUUCCUUUGUGCUUAUAACGUUUUAAGAAUUUUCGAAAUACGGAUUUUGAUCAAAUGUUUUUAAAGACUGAGUAUUUGAAAGACUCUCGAAAAGUUCGUGUUAUUGUUCUAUUAAGAGUUUCCAUUCUCACUAGGUUUAGUUGAUUGGUAUCUUGGAAGUUGCCUUACCAUUUGACUUGGAUGUCAUACAGUAAUACUUCUUUUUCCAAUUUCUAUUUUUGACCGACUUAAUGUCUUUUGGGUUUCAUGCACAUUUAACUAAAUACUAAAUCACAAGUUUGCUGAUUGCAGUAGAGUCAUAGGUGAAAUGAACUUCUUAUUUAUAUUUUCUAGAGAGUUUUGACAGUAUAGCAGGUGGGAUCCAGAAAAUUAUGGGACUAGGUAAUGUAACCGAAGCUCUGGCACAAAGUGUUACUGCUAGAGUUGUGACCGUGACAGAGUAUGUCAAACAAAAUGGUCUCUUAGGACUUGCUCAUGGACUUGAGUGUGCGUUCUUGGAAUUUAUUGUACAGCCAGUUAUUGGAGCAUUAUGUUAUCCUUUUGUCGCAAGAGUUGGCCGCUCAGAUGCAACUUGUUUUGAAGCUAGUUCUGAAUUGCCAAUGCUCUCCUAUCGAGAAGCUGGGAGUGUGUUCUCAGAGAGAAGCCGUUUGACAGUUGGUUUGUUCUUCGUCCGACUGAGAAGAGACCUAUCAGGUCUGUUCUGCGGCAGCAGUGAAUGUUUCUGGCAAUGGUGGUGGUUUUCGGGAGACGGCAGGUGGGUGGGUGCCGGUUAGGAGGUUGGAUGGGUGGGUUUGAUUGAGUUGGUGUGGAUGGGUUUGGUUGGAUUUGUUUUUUAUUUUUUUAUAGUUAAUUAAUGAUUUUUACCUGUAUUUUAGUCAUUUGGACAAAAGGAGUUUUCUAGCCAUUUAAUAUACUCUAAAGGGUUUAGUAAUAUUUUUUUAGAGGGUUUUGUGAUAGGAGACCAUAGAAUUAGGAACUGUGGUUGAUUAUUAUUCGGGCUGGGUAUGUACAAAUACGAAAUACAAUUAAGCUAAACAUGAAUAUGACACUAUGGGUUACACCUCCGAGAUGUAUAAACAUAUUUAAUAAAUGUCGAUAGAUAACUUUAUU